AGCAAAACGGCAGGAACUUUUAAGAAGGAAUCGGAGAAGUCUUUGGCGGAGAAGGGUAGGAGACUGUGAGCGAAGUAAGCGAGGAAGAUGAUGGAGAGGCUGAGAUUCCGUGGGGGUUCUGCACCUAAAGAAAAAGAGGUACCGCCGAGAUCCGAUAAAGGGAGCCCUAGCGGCAAUUCUGGCUCUGAAUCGGUGGGCGUCGGGCCGGCUAGACCUCUUCGGCUUGUUUACUGCGAUGAGAAGGGGAAGUUCGUGAUGGAUCCUGAGGCUGUUGCUACUCUGCAGCUUGUCAAGGGACCGAUCGGUGUCGUGUCUGUAUGUGGGCGUGCGCGCCAGGGCAAGAGUUUUAUUCUUAAUCAGCUUCUGGGAAGGAGUAGUGGUUUCCAAGUUUCUUCUACUCAUCGUCCUUGCACUAAGGGACUAUGGAUGUGGAGUGCACCGUUGAAGAAAACAGCCCUUGAUGGAACUGAAUACAACCUCUUACUUCUGGACAGUGAAGGGAUUGAUGCCUAUGAUCAAACGGGGACUUACAGUAUCCAGAUAUUUUCCUUAGCUGUUCUUUUAUCAAGCAUGUUCAUAUACAAUCAGAUGGGCGGUAUUGAUGAGGCUGCACUUGACCGCUUAUCCUUGGUUACCCAAAUGACUAAACAUAUUCGUGUUCGAGCUUCUGGGAGGACCACAACAUCUGAACUCGGACAAUUCUCUCCAGUUUUCAUUUGGCUAUUGAGGGAUUUCUACUUGGAUUUGGUGGAGGACAACCGAAGAAUUACUCCCCGGGAUUAUUUAGAACAAGCCUUGAGGCAUGUUCAAGGUGGAGGAAAAGACAUAUCAGCAAAGAAUGAGAUUAGGGAGUCCAUUCGUGGCCUUUUCCCUGAUAGAGAAUGUUUUACUCUUGUGCGGCCACUGAACAAUGAAAGUGAUUUGCAGCGUCUGGACCAAAUACCUCUUGAUAGAUUACGUCCUGAGUUUAGGUCUAGCCUGGAUGCCUUGACAGAGUUUAUCUUCGAGAGAACGAGGCCUAAACAAAUUGGUGCUUCUGUUAUGACAGGUCCUAUUCUUGCUGGCAUUACACAGUCAUUCUUGGAUGCCAUCAACAAGGGUGCUGUGCCUACAAUAUCUUCCUCUUGGCAGAGUGUUGAGGAGACAGAAUGCCGUCGAGCGUAUGAUGCUGCUACUGAGAUGUACACAUCUUCCUUUGAUCGCACCAUACCAGCUGAGGAAGAUAUUUUAAGAGAAGCGCAUGAAGUUGCUAUGCAGAAGGCACUUAAUGUCUUUAAUUCUAACGCUGUGGGGGUUGGCUCAGCACGGCUGAAUUAUGAAAAACUUCUUAAUAAUUUCUUCAAGAAGACAUUUGAGGAAUAUAAAAGGAGUGCCUUCCUUGCGGCUGAUUUGCAGUGUUCAAGAUUAAUAAAAACCAUGGAGGAAAAGUUACGAGCUGCUUGCCAUGUUCCCAAUGCAAAUGUUGAUGAUGUCGUUUCAGUUUUGGACCGUUUAGUUAAUGAUUAUGAGUCCUCUACUCAUGGUAGUGGAAAAUCGGAGAUGUUGGCUUCAUUUAUAUUGAAGAGUUUGAAGGGGCCAAUGCUGGAACUUCACAAUAAGCAGUUGUAUGAGAUCAAAUCAGAAAUGAAUGCCCUCAAAUUAAGAUGCAAUUCAAAUGAUGACAAAUUGGAGCUACUGAAGAAGCAAUUGGAGGCAAAUGAGAAGCACAGGGCCGACUAUCUGAAGCGCUACGAGGACGCUGUUAAUGAUAAGAAAAGAUUUGCUGAUGAUUACUCUGUUAAUAUUGCAAAUUGGAAGAGUAAAUGCAGCACAUUGGAGGAGCGUUGUUCAAGCAUAACGAAAUCCUUGGAGCUUGCAAAGAGCGAAUCUGCUGAGUGGAAAAUCAAAUAUGAGCAUAUUUUGUCCGAGCAAAAGGCGGUGGAAGAGAAAUUGAAGUUUCAGGCCGCUGCUUUGGAGUCCAGAAACAGUGCAACUGAAGGAAGGUUGGCUGCUUUACGAGAACAGUCAAAUGCUGCCCAGGAAGAGGCAAAAGAAUGGAAGCGUAAAUAUGAAUUUUCCCUUGGAGAAGCUAAAACUGCUCGUGAUAGAGCAGCUCUGACUUUGGAACAGUCCAAUAAAAAGGCGCAGCAGAGGGAGGAUGCUUUGAGAACUGAAUUAUCCAGUAAAAUAGCUAAGAAGGAUGAAGAAAUUAGGAAGCUGGCUGCGAAGAUAGACCAUACUGAGAUGCAUGCAAGCAGUUUAGUUUCACAAUUGGAGAUUGUGGAAUCUGGUCUGAAGAGCCACGAGUUAGAAAAUUCGGCAUUGAAGAAGGAAGUUAAAGCUCUAACUGAGAAAUUGGAUUCUUUCAAAUCAAGCUCCCAUUCACAAGAGAAAGAACUAAAAAUUCUUGAGCAAGAAAAGAAUCAUCUUCAGGAAAAAUAUCUAUCUGAAUGCAAGAAGUCUGAUGCAGCCCAAAAUAGGUGCAAUAACGCAGAGAGAGAAGCUAAGAAUGCCAUGGAAGUUGCUGAUACUGCUAGAGCUGAGGCUGCUGCUGCUCAGAAAGAAAAGAGUGAGUCUCAACACAUGGCCAUGGAACGGCUUACACUAAUCGAACGAAUGCAGAGGCAGAUUGAAGGUUUGGAGAGAGAAAAAUCUAAGCUAAUGGAGGAUGUUAAGAGGGUUCAUUCUUCCGAAAUUGAAGCUGUAUUGAAAGCAGAUUUGCUGGAGAGAAGGCUUCAAGAGAGGGAUGAAGAAAUGGAGGCGAUGCUUAGCAAGAAUAACGAGCAGAGAUCGAGCACCGUACAAGUUCUCGAGUCUCUCUUGGCCACGGAGCGUGCUGCCAACGCCGAGGCGAACAACAGAGCCAAGGCUCUCUCAGUUCAGCUAAGUAAGCUCGAUGUGCUGCAGCAGGAGCUUACCACUAUUCGGCUUAAUGAGUCCACACAUGAUAGUAAGCUCAGGGCAGCUCAUGGGAGGCGUUCAAGGACAGAAUAUCAACCGGCAACUGAAUCUGUGCAUGAUUUGGAGUUUGAUGGAGAGAUUAAUAGGAAAGAAAAACGUUCGAAGAGCACGACGAGCCCUUUGAAACUGAACCUGACUGAGGAUGGCGGGUCUGUGUAUAGAGGGGAUGAUGAUCAAAACCAGAGCCAGGUGCUUCAAGAUAAUGAUACAGAAGAUUAUACAAAGUUCACUGUUGUUACGUUGAAACAGGAGCUUACGAAGCAUGGCUUUGGUGCUGAGCUGCUACAGCUGAAGAAUCCUAACAAGAAGGAUAUUCUCGCUUUGUAUUCGAAGCAUGUUCUUAAGAAAUAGCUUCAUGGCCUAGUUAUUUUCCCCUGUUUUAAACGUAGGAUAUAGAGCCUUGAUUUUGCUAAUUUAGAUGAAAACAGUAUUGUUUGGGUGUUGGUAUGUUUUUCUGCUCAUCCUCAAUGAUUAUCAGUUUUUCUUUUCUUCUUUUUUUUCAAAGUUUUAAUCAUAUUUGCCUUGGAUUUUGUUUUUGAGGCAUAUAGAGGCAAUCCAAUGUACUUAUACUGUAUUGUU